CUGAAAAUCCAGGCCAUGUCUUGUUGGUUUUGAUUGAGAAAAUUCACUGGGUGAGUGGGAAGCAAGCUGACCUUUAGAACGGUGACAUCACAAUGCACAGUUCACAGUGGCUCUAGAACACCUGGGCUCCAGGCCACUCCCUAACUCAUAUCUAGGUUCCUGAAGCUUCUAUACAUGUAGUUCCUGGAGCUGCUGUCUUAUUAAAAUGUCAACAUCUUUUCCUUCAUCUUCAUCUGUCUGGGACAACAUCGUAGAUUAUCUUUCUUUGAGCUCGAUAUGGAAUUGGCUACAAGCAAGUCUUCUGGGAGAGACUAGUCCACCUCAGCAAACAAAUUUGGGUCUACUAGAUAAUCUUGCUCCAACUGUGCAAGUUAUCCUGGGGAUUUCCUUUUUGCUUUUGUUGGGAAUAGGAGUAUAUGCCUUAUGGAAACGAAGUGUUCAGUCAAUUCAGAAAAUAUUGUUGUUUGUAAUCACCCUCUACAAACUUUACAAGAAGGGCUCAGAUUUUUUUCAGACUUUGCUGGUCAGCCCAGAAGGGAAUCAUCUCCCAAUUCAAGACAAUAAUCUCUUUCUGUCCUUGGGUCUGCAAGAGAGAAUUUUGAAAAAACUUCAGGCAGUGGAAAACAAAGUGAAGGACCUGGAGGGGAUGAUCAUUUCCCACAAACCUGCCAUGAAGAGGGAUUGCUCCUCAGAGCCUUACUGCAGCUGCUCUGACUGCCAGAGCCCCUUGCCCACAUCAGGGUUCACGUCCACGUCUGAAAUGUGAUGGACUCCAAUCUUUUCCAGGAAAGCACUGUCUUUCCCUUGUGUGUGUGGUGGUGUAUCAAUAAAGAUAGAGAACUAUAUCGAAAUGAC